AUGUCUGGAAUCCUAUCAUAUGUGCUUGGCGGUGAUGGAAAGACCAAAGCCAUCGAUCUGCCUCCCGUCGAAGUCCACCAUGUAGAAACAAACCCGGAUCGCAGGGCUCGUUCACUCAAGCACCUACUCAAGGCCAACCACGUCAACUACUCCGUCGUCUAUAGCCAAAAUCGUUUUGACAAUCAUAAUGCCCAUAUUCUAAGCUCUGCAUAUAUACUCGGCGCUACCCCGAAUCAGCUGCAUGAUAUCUAUGAGGAACAGGUCAAAGAAUUGGAGGCUUGGACGCCGUCCCCUGCCGAGCUCAUCGACAAUGACUGGGUCGAUUACCUCGGCGAUGGGGACUAUCAAAGGGCAUUUGUUGACUUUUACGAAGAUAAACUCGCCAUGGAGUAUGCCUAUGACUGGAAGAAGGUCGUUGAAUACUUCCUGUUCUCGUCCGAGAAGCCUUUGGUUCAUGGACUGAUCUGUGGCCUUGGUCAUCCCCUUAUUCAGCUUGGCUAUGCAUAUGAAAUGGAUAGCAAAGAAGUCGCAAUGGAAGCUCUGACUCUGGCCUCGGUUCAGCAUAACUUUCUUUACAAGUACAGCGCAGAUGCGUCUUAUACCAAACCAUCGCCCAAAGGCACCAACUCUGUACUAGAUCUCCUGGUCCAGCUCUCCGACGAUAAAAGAUUCAACAGUCUCUCAAAAUCCGUUGCCUACGACGAUUUUGAGACCAUGGUGACAGAUCACGAGGAUCUGAUCUUGGAGUACUGGAACGCCUGGGAGAUUUCCGACCCAGUGAAAGAUUUUGAGUCAUCACAGAAGGCUGCCGUCGCUCUAUUUGUUACCUCUGUGGACCCCAAAUCUCAUAAUUACCACUUUUUUAUCGUACAUGUUCUGACGACCAGCUACGCCUUGCGAGUCCUUUUGCCCGUCUUCCCGGCUCGGUAUCACAUUAGCCUGGUUAGGCAGUGGUGGCUUUUAGUCGUUGCGGUGGUUAUACUGAAGGGACGACCGUGUCCAAACCUCGAAAAUAUGGACAAAGAUCUGAAGGGCCGUGAUUGGAAGUAUGUGGAAGACAAAGCGUUAAAUUCCGCUUUUUCGAAUGAGGCACACUAUGUCAAGGCUAUUCGCGCGAUGAGGGAUAUGGUCGCUUUGAUGGCCCCGCCCGCGAAACGCCGCAGGCAGAACCCAGUUGAGGCGUCAGACGACGAAGACGAGCAGCCGCGAGCCAACACGCUCUCUAAUUUCCUCCUGUCUUCGCCGAGCUCUCCUUCCAAAGUCCGAGUCCCGACAGCUUCUCCAAGCCCUCUCAAGGGAAAGGGUGCCGCAGCUCGAUCAGCUGCAAGUUUAUCUCCCCAGAAGACAAGGCGAGGGAGCUCGCAGAAAAAUGGCAACGGCACCAGCCCAAACAAGUCCAAAGACAACGGACGGCUCGAAGAAAAGGGCAAGACAGCUGAUCUAAAGGCACUCUUCUCCAAACAAGCCCAACGAUCUACCAAACCUGGAACCGGUGGCGAAAAGCGGCCGUCUCCUAUCGAUGAUCCCAUUAGCGAUCCAAUAUCCGAAGAUGACGAGAUAUCAGAGUUCAAGGCCAGCUCUUCGAGCUUGGUUGGUCAACAUGCUCGUAAGAGAUUGAGAAAUGGCGGCGAAACUGGGUCCAGCGAGUCGUCUAAUACUGGUCUGAGAUUCCUGAAGCCACCGAAACCUGCCAAUCCAGCCGGUGUUGACGACGAUUUACGACCAUGGUCAGAACGAUUCGGACCACGAAAUCUGGACGAAUUGGCAGUACACAAGAAGAAGGUUUCAGAUGUCCGAAGGUGGUUAGAGGAUGUCAUGUCAGGUCGCAUGCGACAACGGGUUUUAGUUCUCAAAGGAGCAGCGGGCUCCGGCAAAACAACCACAAUGCGGCUCUUGGCGAGCGAUAUGGGCUGUGAGCUUCUCGAAUGGAAAAAUCCAACGACGACUUCAGGAACAGGAUUUGUCUCAGCAUCUGCACAGUUCGGGGAAUUCCUUGGCCGUGGCGGCAAGUUUGGAACUCUAGAUGUGGAAGAAUCGUCUUCGAGCAUGGUCCCAACUAGCUCCAAUGGUUCAGGUUCAAGCAGAGCGAAGCGAAUAAUUCUCAUAGAAGAGUUCCCCAAUACGUUUUCGAGGUCGUCAUCAGCUCUGAGUUCUUUCAAGAGUGCGAUUCUACAGUACCUAGCUGCGCAUACACCGACACUGGCCAAAUUUGGCAAGAUUUCCCAGCAGAAGGAGCAGAUUAGUCCUAUUGUUUUAGUCAUUUCCGAGACCCUGUUGACCACAACAUCUGCAUCGGCAGACAGUCUUACAGCCCAUCGAUUAUUAGGGCCAGAAAUUCUUCGUCAUCCGGGUGUUGGCGUGAUAGAAUUUAACGCCAUUGCGCCGUCAAUUCUUGCUAAAGCUCUGGAGCUCGUCGUCCUCAAGGAGGCAAGAAAGUCCGGCCGCAGAAGGACUCCUGGGCCUCAAGUGCUUAAGAAGCUGGGUGAAAUUGGGGACAUUCGUAACGCCGUCUCCUCUCUGGAGUUUCUGUGCCUCAAAGGAGACCAAGAUUCAGACUGGGGGGCCAAGGUCGUAUUCACCAAGCUAAAGAAGAGUGCAAAAGACUCAAUCAGCUUGACCAAGGGUGAAUCAGAAAGUUUGGAAUUAAUAUCGCAGCGCGAAGCAAGCCUCGGCAUAUUUCAUGCCGUUGGUAAAGUGGUAUAUAACAAACGAGAUGAAUCUGCGCCGCCAAACGAUACAGUCGAAAAGCUUCCGUCAUUCUUAUCAGAAAAUGCUCGCCCCAAGAGGUCACAAGUAUCCGUUGAUGCUCUUAUCGACGAAAUCGGCACAGAUACGCACACAUUUAUUUCUGCUUUGCAUGAAAAUUACCUUCCCUCAUGCGAGAGCACUGGGCCAAUGGACUUAUCAACGCCCAUGGAUUACGUCAACGACUGUAUAGAGUAUCUUUCAGAAAGCGACCUCCUCUGCCCUUCUCGAGACGUAUUCUUCGGUGGUAGAGGCGGUUUUGGUAGAUUCAGCGGUGCAGAUUCAAGCAGUCACCUCCUCCGCCAAGACGAAAUGACAUUCCAAGUUGCCGUCAGAGGCUUGCUCUUUUCAUUGCCAAACCCAGUUAAGCGCAAGACAACUACAAUGGCAAAAGGCAGCGACGCGUUCAAAAUGUUCUACCCGACGAGUCUGAAACUAUGGAGGGCCAAGGAGGAAAUCGAAGGUAUCGUCGACAUGUGGUCAUCAAAGAUCCUCCGAGGCGAAUCACAAUUGCCUACAAAGAGCCUCACCGACGGUGCAAGCGCCUUUCUAAGAACCCAAUCCUCCGGAGAGUCUUCUUCCUGGAUGCAACGCCAACAACAGGCUCGUGCGGCGGCGGCAAAACCAAUCGAACAGAAAGACGAGACCUCCGAACCAUCGCCCCUACUGUCAUUAGGCAGUGCAGCUCAGCGAGAACUGCUCCUUGAUCGACUGCCGUACAUGGCCCACAUAGCACGAACCCGCAGGACAGGUAUUCGACUAAAAGACCUCGAAAAAGUGGUGUCAUUUAGUGGCGUAACUGCUGUGGCGGAGGAAGAGUCCGAGGUAGACGAUGACGGAGCAUCGGGCGAGGCUUGGGCCACGGACAAACCCUCUGAAGAAGCUAGUCCACGUAAGAAGAGCGCGGGAAUCAAAGCUGGUGCCAUGUCUGGGAUGUUGGCACAGAAGUUGGUGCUCAGUGAUGACGAUAUUGAAGAUUAA